AGUUAUUGGACAUUUUACUUCCCUGUGGAAAUUCCUUUUCUAGAGCACAAGCAUUUUAGAAUAUUACUCAGAAAUAAAGAGAGAAUAUGGCCUCCUUAGUUACAGACUGUUGUACCCUCUGCAAUGAUGAUGGAACAUCUACAGAAGCUGUCAGGUGGUGCAUAGAAUGUGAGGUGUUCCUUUGUUCAGAUUGUGAAAAACAUCACAAGAAGUCAAGAUCAUCUAAAGCCCACAAUACAAUGUCUACAAAAGACUACCACAAUCUUCCCAAAUUUAUGCAAGAUAUUAGUAGCCAGUGCAGAGAUCACAAGAAGAAGUAUGAACUGUACUGUUCUUUCCAUGCCUGUCCCUGCUGCGUCACGUGCAUCACAGAUAAACACAAAAAAUGUCAAGAAAUGAAACCGCUGUCAGAUGUCCUAAAGCAAGUAAAAUCAUCUGCCUCAGUUCAACUUUUUGAAAAAGAUUUGAAGGAUGUAAAGGAAAACUUAGAAGAGAUUAUAAAAUAUCUGAAUAGUAGAAAUAAUACAAGUACUGAACAAAAAACAAACGCUGCUGAACAAAUACGAUCUAUGAGGAAGUCCAUAGAUGAUUUCUUAGACAAAUUAGAACAAAAAGUUCUUGAUGACCUUGAAACAAAGCAAUCAAAGCUGAAAUCUAAGAUGAACACUUUACUACAACAACUGAAAACACAAGCCAAUCAGAUGAGCCAAUUGCAGAGAGAGUUUUCAAAGAUGACACAAUAUGCAACUGAGCUACAGAUGUAUGUUGGUCUGAGAGAAAUCGAGAAAACUACAUCUGAAGCAGCAAAACACUUAGAAGAUUUAAAAAGUGGAGGCUCACUGGAUGAAGCUAACCUAGAACUUACAAUCUCUUCUGAACUUCAAUCAAUUCUAAAAGAUGUCAAAUCAUUUGGAGAUAUAAACAUCAAUACAAGCCCAUUUACUCUUCAACUUAAAGCAGUCAGAAAAGAUCAAGCACAGUACCUAGUUCCAACUACUCCUUCAAUUGAACAAAUCAAGCCGUCCUUCUUAAGGCAGCUGACAAUUCCAGAAAAUAGGAAGAAUAAUAAUAUAAUAUCCUGUAGAAUAUUACCUGAUGGUAAAUAUUUAAUUCUUGACAGCCCAUUUGGUCGCAGUAACCUGCUGCUGUUCAGUAAUGAUGGGUUGUUUAUAAGAGAAGUAGUGAAAUUUACAGGGCCCUCAUCCGAUACUUGCUUCGUUAGAAAUAAUACAGUUGCUCUUACAUUAAGAUCAGAAAAACAGAUAGCAUUGGUGGAUGUAGAAAAAAAUAAAAUUUUAAAAUCAAUUAACAUUUCUCACCUCUGUGAUACAGUAGCAAGUGAUGGUCAAAUAUUGGUCGUCAGCAGUGUGGAUAAAAGUACAAUAGUAAAUCUUAAUGAUAUGUCUCAUACAAUCUUAGAAGGAGUAGUGGCCAAGAAAGUUGCAUUAUUCAAAGGAAAUAUCUAUGGUACCUUAUUCAAAGGAAAUAUCUAUGGUACCUUAUUCAAAGGAAAUAUCUAUGGUACCAACCACAGUGAAAACAAAGUCUGCUGUUACAAAAGUACUGGAGAACCUCUCUGGACAUUUAUGCAUGAUGAUAUUGUCUAUCCACAAGGAAUAACAUUAGACAAGAAUGGCUUUGUUUAUGUAGUAUCUCAGUACAACAAUAGAGUUGUAGUAGUAUCACCAGAUGGUAAAACCUGUAAGACAAUACUAUCAGAGGCUGAUGGAAUGAAUGAUCCUCGGGCAAUAGACAUUGACAGAGAAUCAGAUAUUAUGAUAGUAUUUAGUAAAAUAAGGGUUGAUAAUGAUGAUAGUAAAUCAUAUGACACAGCUUUUGUUUAUAAAAUCUGA